AUGGCUACAAUCAGGGUCGGUCAGACGGUAGAGACGACCGGUGAGCAGCAGGGGAUAGUUCGAUAUGUAGGACCUAUCCACGUAUCUGAUGGCACGUUUGUGGGCAUAGAGCUUCCCACUCCUACUGGCAAAAACGAUGGAUCUGUACGCGGAGAGCGCUACUUUACAUGUCCACCGGGACAUGGCUUGUUCAUACGUGAUUCAAGUAUUGCGGCUAUAAUAUCACAACCAGUUCCACCACCGCCUUCUACCCCCAAGUCAGCCGCCCCAAAACCG